CGUCUCCUUUAAAAACGUCACGUCGCAACAUGGCAGCUUUAUUGACUCGGUUACACCACAUUUCGCUCCACGUUUCUAAUGCGGAGAAAAUAGCUAACGACCUUGUCUCUAAAUUCAAGUUUAGUUUGUUUGCCACCAGACUAACCGACAGGUUCAGGCAGCUGGCUUUUAGAAAAGGAGCGGCUGUUUUCAUUGUGAAUGAGAGACCAAAAGAGAGUAGUGUGGGACUGAAUGAAGAGCCACGCCGGGUCAGCGUGGGGAAAUACAACCAGGAUCAUUCUGCUAAAUGUCUUUACGAUGCCAGCCUACCUUACCCGGUGGAUACUGUAAGCAACGUGUGUUUCGAGGUGGAUGAUGUGGAAAGGUCAUUUAGGACUCUUCGCCAUAAGGGAUGCAAUUUCCUCGUGCCGCCCACGACAGUUCAGGACGAGCGUGGUCUCGUCACAUACUCUGUGGUUAAAUCUAUCGUGGGAAAUGUGUGCCACACGCUAAUUGACAGGACCAACUAUAAUGGAAGCUUCUUGCCUGGAUUUGAUGUCAUUGAAAAGGACUGCGGCUUGCCAGCAGAGGACAUGUCUUGUCCAAUCACACAUUUUGAUCACAUAACUUAUGUCUGUCCCAGGAAAACCACCCACCAGGUCAUGAGGUGGUAUGAGAAGCUCUUUGGUUUUCAGAGGUUUUUCAUUGAUAGUGAUGAAGAUGUGGACGAAGGUUUUGUCAUAAAGCAGAAUGGCAUUGGACUUCGCCUUACUGCCAUGGAGUACUGGAAAUGCAGCAAAGCAGGCCUCAUUCUCUCAGCCGUGGACAAAAAAGUGCCCGACUGCAAGUUUGUCAUUGCUGAAUCACUGCCUAAACAAGGCAGGAAUCAGGUUGACACCUUCUUGGAGCAGCAUGACGGCCCAGGGAUCCAGCACAUUGGGCUGUACACACAAAACAUUGUUUCUUCUGCACAAGCGAUGGCUGAUGCUGGUGUUCACUUUUUCUCCCCGCCUCAUGCCUACUACACUGGGGUGGGAAAACAGCAGGAGAUAGAGGAGGCAGGACAUAACCCCCAGAUGCUGGCGCAGCAUGGCAUUCUCCUAGACACACAGACAGCAUCCAGUGAAAACAGAGGAUACCUACUCCAAGUGUUCACCAAGCCCAUCUUUGCAGAGGAGACCUUCUUCCUCGAGCUAAUAGAGCGAAGAGGGGCGACAGGUUUUGGUGAGGGGAACAUCAGAGCGCUGUGGAGGUCGGUGCAGGCGCACAUGGAGAAUCAGGUGGGGGGUUCUCAAGUAGAGGGAUCCCCAAAAACUGUGCAAACUGCUGUGUAUUAGUCAAUUCAGAUAUGUUUAACUGGAAAAACAUGUAUAAUGUAUAAAAUAUAAUAUAUUUACUGAAUAGUUUACUAAAAGUGCUUUUUUGUGGUAACAAGUUUGUGAUGAAUCUUAAGUUACAUGUUGCACUGCUUACAAGUACAAAUUACAUAUUGUAUUAAUACUUAUCUUUGGAGAUGACUGAACAGAUGAAGACGUAAAACAGCACUAUUUUUUACUUGAAAUCUUGUGUCAAAGCAACUGACCGACUCCACAGCAUCUGUUCCUCAAUAAAUCUGUUAAAUCUUA